AUGUCGUCCUCUCCCAGCGGCAACGGUGCCGACGCGGGCGCCGCCAUUCCCAAUGCGCAGCACAAGCUCAUCGCCGCGCUCGGCGACGGCAAGGCCGAGGCGGCCGCCGGCGGCAAGACGUUUGCGGCGCAGGGCGACUUGCCCAAGCUGCCGCUGCCCAAGCUCGAGGACACGGCGCGCCGCUACCUCGCCAGCCUGCAGGCGCUGCAGUCUGAGAAGACACACGCAAAGACGAAGCAGGUCGUCGAGGACUUCCUCAAGAACGAGGGUCCCGAGCUGCACGCUGCGCUGGAGAAGUACGCCGGCACGCGCGCUUCGUACAUCGAAGAGUUCUGGGACGAGUCGUACCUCACAGCUUCCGACUCGGUCGUGCUCAACCUCAACCCCUUCUUCAUUCUCGAGGACGACCCGACCCCGGCGCGCGGCAACCAGCUGAUGCGCACCGCAAGUCUGAUUCUCGCCUCGCUCUGCUUCGUGCACGACCUGCGGAAAGGCGUGCUGCAGCCAGACUCAGUGCGCGGCACGCCGCUGUGCAUGUCCCAGUACGCCAAGCUGUUCGGCACGUCGCGCAUCCCGACGGAGAGCGAGGGCUGCCACCUGGAGCACGACGCAGACAGCCGGCACGUCGUCGUGAUGCGCCGCGGCCAGAUCUACUGGUUCGAGGCGCUCGACGAGGAGCACCGGCCGCUGUUCACGGAGCGCGCGCUGCUCGCCAAUCUGGAGGCCAUCUGCAAGGACGCCGACCAGACCAAGCCGGGCGACGUGGCCAGGGGCGCGCUGGGCAUCAUGACGACGGAGAAGCGCGCAACGUGGGCCGGCGUGCGCAACACGCUCAUGGAGCACUCGCACAACGCGCGCUGCCUCGAGAUCAUCGACAGCGCGCUCUUUGUCGUGUGCAUGGACGACUCGGAGCCGCAGGACCCGGCACAGCUGUGCGCCAACAUGCUCAGCGGCACGGUGCAGCUCGACGCCGACGGCGCGCAGAUCGGCACGUGCUCGAACCGCUGGUACGAGAAGCUGCAGAUCAUCGUGUGCAAGAACGGCGCCGCCGGCAUCAACUUUGAGCACAGCGCCGCCGAUGGCCACACGGUGCUGCGCUUCGUCGCCGACAUCUACACGGAGCUCAUCAUGCGCUUUGCAAAGUCGAUCAACAGCGCGACGAAGUCGCUCUUCGAGGCAAAGACGUCGCCGUGGGCGCGCGGCGCCGGCGGCAAGCCGUCGGAGAAGGAGAAGGAGCAGCAGGAGCGCUUCGCGGACGCCCAGGCCGCCACGGCGCCGAAGAAGCUCGAGUGGCACUUUGAGAAGAGCGUGCUCGAUGCGAUCCGCUUCGGCGAGACGCGCCUCAGCGACCUGAUCCACCAGCACGACGUGCAGGUGCUCGAGUUCAGCCGCUGGGGCAAGAACUUCAUCACGCGGCACAAGUUCUCGCCCGACGCCUUUGUGCAGAUGGCGUUCCAGGCGGCUUACUACAAGCUGUACGGCCGCUCGGAGACGACGUACGAGCCGGCGAUGACCAAGGCCUUCCUGCACGGGCGCACCGAGGCGAUCCGCACCGUGCAGCCGGCGACGCAUGCCUUCGUCACGGCGUUCGACGACGCCGAGACGCCCGGCGCCAAGAAGCUCGAGCUGCUGCGUGCCGCGUGCGGCGCCCACGCCAAGCUGUCCAAGGAGUGCGCCAGCGGCCAGGGCCACGACCGGCACCUGUACGCCAUGAAGUGCCUCGUGGGCCAGCUCGAGGCGCAGGGCAAGUGGGACCAGGGCAUGCCCAAGCUCUUCGAGGACGCCGGCUACGCCACGCUCAACCACACCGUCAUCUCGACGAGCAACUGCGGCAACCCAUGCCUGCGGCUCUUCGGCUUCGGCCCGGUCGCGCCUGAUGGUCUCGGCUACAUCAUCAAGGACGACGCGCUGUCGGUGUGCGCCUCCUCGAAGCACCUGCAGACGGUGCGCUUCAUGGACGAGCUCUCGCGCUACCUUGCGCGCAUCGAGAGCGUCAUCAUGGAGUCGUACCGCGCCGCCAACGUGCACACCAAGGCCACGUUCAUCGACCACCAGGGCCGCGAGUGCGACGUGCGCACAGGCAAGCCCAUCGGCAGCGGACAGGCCAAGAAGGGCAACGGCUAUGCUGACGACUACGACGAGAACGACGGCGAGGAGGGAGCAGGAUACUCAUUCUACGAGGACACGAGCGUGAAGGCGACGCGCCCACGCGCCAACUCACGGCGGUCGCGCAUCGCACACGUGGGCCGGCGACUGUUGGGAGACGAGUGA